UUGACAAAAACUAGAGUAAGUCCAUUUCUAAACAAUCCACAUUCAGUUGAACCGGCGGUGCACCCGCUUUCACUGUCCCAAAACAAAUAGGUUUUUACCGGCGAAAAAUCGACAUUGUUGACGACGGGUGCAGUGCUAGUCUGUGUUUCCGACGAGGGAAGUGUUGCGAUAGUUGGACAGACGAUCCGAGGUUCCGAGUGUCAGUAGUGUGAGGAUUCUUCACGGAGGGUGGGACUCCUGUUCGAGCUGGGUCCCGUGUCUCACGCAUUCGUCCCCGGGGAUUGUUGGAUACCCCUCCGCGGACACACCAACAUAGGCAUGGUGGAAAAAACUAUCCUCCAACCCCAUGAGGGAUCCGGGGAGUUUCAGAGCCGGACCGUUUCCCCAGACAGUUUAGCACUGGAUUGUCACGUCACUACAAGGCACCAGAUGCCUUUGAACAACAGCGGUGACGACUUGCCCGGUGUUUGUGCUGGCUGUGGUGGUCGCAUCGUUGAGCGCUACUAUCUGCUGGCUGUAGACAAGCAAUGGCAUGUAUCCUGUUUAAAGUGCAGCGAUUGUAAAUUCAGACUCGACUCCGAACUUACAUGUUUUGCCCGGGAUGGCCUCAUCUACUGCAAAGAGGAUUAUUAUAGGAGAUUCGGAAUAAAGAGGUGCUCGCGCUGCCAUCUUGGAAUUGCCGCCAACGAACUUGUAAUGAGAGCUCGUGACCUAGUUUAUCACCUCUCGUGCUUCACGUGUAGCUCGUGCAACCGAGCUUUGACACCAGGCGAACAAUUCGGAAUGAAAGAUCAUCUUGUUUACUGUAGAACAGACUAUGAAAUCAUAUUUCAAGGAGAGUAUUUGCAAAGUCUGUCACCGGAACUCGGUGGACCAAAUAUUCCCUAUUAUAACGGAGUGGGCGCGGUCCAGAAAGGAAGGCCACGCAAACGGAAGAGUCCAGAGCUUGAGGGGUGUCCGUCAAUGGGUCUUGGCCCUGGUGAAAACCCUGACAGGCCAGGAGAAGUGCUCGAUCGGGAGGGGUACCAGCAUCAGACCCCCCGACAGAAGAGGGUGCGGACGUCAUUUAAACAUCAUCAGCUGCGGACGAUGAAAUCUUACUUUGCGCUGAAUCAUAACCCUGACGCAAAAGAUUUAAAACAACUAGCUCAGAAAACGGGUCUCUCCAAACGUGUUUUACAGGUUUGGUUCCAAAACGCACGUGCAAAAUACCGCCGAAAUCUACUCAAGCAGCAAGACUCCGACAAGGGAAACUCGAACACAAAUGGGAGCUCGAACGGAGAUAAAUCCAAAGACUCUCACGAUCAGUCUCUUACCGAUCUCUCCAAUACCCGAUCUCCCGCCCUGUCGGACAUCAGUUCGAACGCCUCCCUGUCGGACAUCCAAACUCCAGCAUUGGACACAGAUCAGGGCAGCAACAGCAUAUCCGAUCUCUUCUCAAGCACAAUUGCCUCAAUAAACUAGCGAGCCCGGAGACCAGAGCUGUGUACCAAACAGAGAUUAUUUUCAAUUCAACCUAUGUUUUAUUUAUUAAAAGACCAGAAUAAAGUCUGGUUGACAUGGUGUACAGUUCGGCGGGAAAAAUCCGCCAUUUUGUAAUCGGAUGUGUAUAGUUCGGCAUGUGAAACAGUUCGGCAAAUAGACAUGAAUGUGGACGACAAAGCUGAGAACCAGAUAGCAUUAUGUCGCCUAGUUCGGCAAUGAGACAUUGUUGCUGACAGUUCGACCGUAGGGUUAAAAAGAUCUUCUUUGCAGCAAAAAGUGCUUUUGGAGCUCCCAAACAACGGAUUUUUUUCAAAGUGCUAGCUGAAAUGAAAUUUAUGAAGAUAACGUACUCAACUGAAAUGUUUAGACAACCGGAAGUGCUAUGUGUGAUGGGAACAUUCACAAUUAUUCAAAACAAGCGAAACCCAGCAAACGUGAAAUUGACUUUUUGCUCGGCAUACAAGUGUAAAUAGUUGGAGAAGGACUACAAGUUAGCUAAAAAGUUGGUUUCACGCCCAGAAGCGAGAAAAACACUAACUGCUCAAAUAUGCCGCACGUGCAAGAUUUGGAAAAAAUGCUUUUUGUGUGGACCGUUUAUGAUUUUGGGCUGCAGACACCUCAAAUGUGUUGCAGAUAAAAGACGGAACGGCGCUUUCUUUGUAUUCUGUAGAUACAUCGAAUUAAAAACAGUCAGUGGUUCCUCUUUGAACUGAUAGCGAGCAUAUGUAAUGUGGCCCGCGUCCUCUCGUGAUGGCGGCUGGCGUUUGGAUCCGGGCUGAUACAAAAAUCAAAACCAGAUUUCAGUCCGGUUUCGGAACCGUAUGUGAGACAAAAAUACUUUAGUAAUACAAGGCACAUUCCAAAGAGCUGCAUGUGCAACGCUGAUGUAAGCUAUGAAAAGUAGGACUCCUAAACGGGAACAUGGAUUCAUAAUUCAUGUUGUCAGACUCGAGUUUUACCACAAGUUUUAUACGGCAUUCAAGGUAGCAAUGUUCCCUUCAUUUGUAUGAUUCAAGUUUAUUGAUUUGGAUUUAUAUCGACACAGCUAUUCCCCUUUCGCAAAUGCGAUAUUUAGUUUCCUCUCAUCUAUCGUAAGACAAACAAAAUAUUAUAAAGUGGCAUUUUUUCAUCUAAUCACCUAAUGCUUUCCUUGCGAUGGAAACGGUGUUGAAUAUUGAGAUUUCAAUUUAUCAAGUUAUAAAUAUCUACAGGUGUAUAAUACAGGUGUAAAAUGGCUUGGCAACCCCAAGCUUCAUCUCGCGUAUCGCCUUCUCUUUGAUGAUUUGAUGUGACUGUUUAGGUAACUUUUACAUCAUACUACCCCCAUGUGGUGUUGGGGGGAGGAGGGGUUAUUCUUUUGGGGGAACUGGCAAGCAGAUGGAGACGUGAGCGUCUGGGUACAGCGAGGGCGGAAUGGUUAAAGGGAAUGCAGGUUAAAACACAUUUCCUUCUGCUCGACAGAUUCUGUACUCGAGUAUUGUCGAUAUAGCAGGUGCAAUAUUGAAUGUGGGAAAAAGGUGCCAAGUCGGCAUUGUUUUUUCCGCCGAUUGAGCUCUGAUUCUGGUCCCUAUUCUGCUCAGUCGCACCGGAAGUUCUAACGAAAUUACGCCCCCUUUUGUUGAAAUUUAUUCAAAUUAACCCGCAUGUACACUCGUUUUGAUCAUGUAUGAAUCUUCGUGUUUUUAAGUCAUUGAUGAUUCUUAAUGUCAGGGUAUGUUUAUGCAGACCAUUAUAAUCGCUUCAAUGUGAAUCCCAGAUUUCCUUAUCGGGAAUUAGCGGUGUAGGUUUCAGGAUAUUCUCACUUUCUGAUCCAACCAGCACCAAAGGCGUAUAAAUUGGGAUCAGGGACGAAGGAAACGAAACGAAAAAGAACUCAAAGACCCUUCACGUCUGUAGCUCAUUAGAAGAAUGUAAAGAACCGAACAUGGGACAGAAUCAUUUUUAUUGGUUGAUAUUAACAGCUGACAUGCGGUCUGCUAUUUCGCCUUUGGGCGUGGCUCAGAUAAAAGGGACAUUUUUAUGAUACUCUCUUCACCUUAACCUGUCCCCCACUCUUCACACUCACGACCUUCGAUUUCGCCUCGCAUAUGGAAUUCGCAUUUUUAUCGGAAUUAGGGAUAUCAGGUGUUAUUCAACACGAUUUCUCUAAUAAGUGACCUCGGUUUUACCUUUGAGGGGAGAUAACUCUCGAUAAUCGGCGUAGUGUUUGGUUACAAGGGUCAAAUGAUGACGCUUAUCUCGAGGAAAUGACAGGGAAAUUAUUUAUUAUUUAUGCCCUUGAUAUGCGAAACUAUGGGCCGCAUUUUUAAAUGCUGAUAUUUUGUAGAUGUCUUUUUUUGUAAGUAAAGAACAACAUCGCCACAGAAUAACCGGUCUUGAUUGUCUGCCGAAACAGAUUCCAUUGGGUGUAAAAGGAAGUAAUAGCGGUGAAAACUAUUUGAAUGGAUAACUGAAAAUCAGUUUUGACACCAGGUGUUCGCGAAAAGGAUAAGCUUAUCCUGCUCUAUCGGCAGCGUUUAUUUAAGUGUAGAAUAUGAGUUCCAUCAACGGUGUAAAAUGUUCUACAUCUAACAUAUCUGCAGAAUAUUGUCAUUCGUGUAAGGGACCACUAUUUCUUUAAAAACGUUGAUAAUUGAUUUUCAAGUUUGAUAUUUUACCUGUUUAGCCCUACAUUCCAUUUUCGUUCUGGCAGGAAUGAAAUACAUUUUCCAUCAAGCCGUAUGGCCGGCCAGUGGUAUCAAAUCAACUUCUUAGAUUGUUUGUCUGACACAAUGCACGUGCACACCGUGCUGUCGGUAAAGUCGGCCCUUCAUCAGCCUAAAUUGACGCAGUCUCUCCUGGCAGGCGAUAGGUAGGAAUCUUAUCUCAAUUUAAUGAUAUUAAUCACUCCGUAACGUCAACAAAAGAUACAAACAUUUUCUGGCGAGCCAGUUUCUUUUCACACUGUUUAGUGAUUUUUAAGCAGAUACAGAAAUAGAAAGUAGAAAGUUUUUAAAUAGUCUCUUUUAUUACCCAUUUUACACUUUUAAAACGAAAACAAAUAUUUUUCCUCGACGGAGUAAAAUGUGUCUGCUCAUAAAGUGAUGUGUAGGAGGUUGGUGGUCGACAUUUCGCAAAAAAAGGAUUAUAAACGUGUUCUGUCGCGGAGGUAUUUUCCCGAUAAUAAACCUCCUGUUUCGUGUCUUUCUCCCCAGACUCUGGACGAAGCCUACAUCUGACUAAAUCAAAUCUAAAUGUGGUAGCUAUCUAGGAAUUCCGAUCCGUGUUCGUUUUCCGGUUCGGGUUUUAUACUGACAACUGUGACAACUGCGGGAUUGCCGAUCCAAUAUGGCAGCCAUUGAGAAAUUCCUAUACUCUCUCACGGCGAAGGAUUCGAGCAUCUGUUUUUAUUUAUCUGACAAUCUGGGGGCCAUUUUGGAAAACAGUUUAUCCAAACAGAAACAGUCUGGCUAUGGGCUGCAACGGCAGCGACUCGGCCUUUAAUUUUCGUUUACCUUCGCAAAUGGCUGGCGUCAUUGCGGCCACUUACCCGUACACGUGUGCAAAUGCCCAAUAGGAUUAGAUCCAAUUUCCUUCUCAACGAUGUUUCCAAACUGUAUCGCUCAAAAUUUAUACUUCAUAUUUAAGACUCGGUUUUAGCUGUAUCUGUCUUUCGCUAGAAGCAUUGUCUCUGGUUUCCGACCCAAUAGAAGCAGACUGUCUCUCGUGACUAACAUUUCGAUAAAUUAAGUUAGAUAAACACGAACUGAAUGCCAUAUUAAGAUCAUCACAGGAAUCUCUUAAUAUUACCCAUCCAUGUCAGAUUUGUAAUUAAAGUAUUUAAAUUAAAAUAUUUAAAUUAAUUACACCUCCAAAUAUGUUUGCUGCGUUAAAUAUAUUUCAAGACAGAAUGGCGCCUUUUCUUUUGUCGAUAAAUGAUCGUCCAGUUUUUUUGCCCAUCUUACGCAGACGACAUUGGAAGCUAGGGAGCAGACGAUCGGAGAUUCGCGCCACCUGCCCCGUCUCAGUCCUGUUCUGCUUCGUCGGCAGAAUUAGAAUACCCAGGCAUUGUAACUGUAUCAAAAUCAGGUGCGCUUCCCUUCAAAAUAGUCGCCCAGUAUAAUUUGCUUUUGAAAUUGAGAGCAUUAUUCUCACUGCCAAGUCCGUUGCAGGAUUAUUCUGGAUAGUUAGUGAUGAGACCCGUUCGCUGAGGAGUGAAAUUAGUUUUAUGUCUUACUUCGCUAUAAUGAGGCGUCAUCUCAAGAUUUUUUCCUGAGUGCGUGUAUGUAUGUGUGCGUGCGUGCGUUCGUUCGUGCGUGCGUUCGUGCGUGCGUGCGUGUGUGUGUGUGUGUGUUUAAUCGCUAUCAUUUGUUCACAAUUACAUUAUUUUUGGGAUAGCAAAGCCAUAUACAUUGCCCUAGUUAUUUUGUCAUUUUGCAAGAGAGGAAUAUUUGUGUCGAAAACAAUUAAACAUUCCCCCCUUAAAUAUAUACUACUGAAACAAUUACUACCACUCAAAAGACGUUGAGAACAUCCGAUUCUUUCAUAUUACUAUAGUUAAUAAUUAUAUAGUUAUUAUAAUUAUAUAUACUAUAGUAAUAUGAAAGAUUUUGGUGUUCUUUAAGAUCUUUGAGUAGUAAAUGUUAGGAUUUAGUUACAAAAUGAGAAACAGUUGAAUUCAUUGAGAGAAAACCAAUAAAUGUGCUGUGAUAUGUGCAGAAUUCUUUACGUAUUACAGCCAAUCGGGUGAAUACGUCUGGUAAAACGACAGUUGUAAAAUAUAAGUUGGUAAAAAGACUUCGGUGCGUAAAAUGCGGGUCCUUGAUCUAUUGAUGUACCACGUGACCGCUCUGCGUGUAUGUAUAUAUUGUGUGUUCCCUUUUUGUAUAUGAGGAGUCACUUCUGUUCGCUUGUUUAAUUUUGUGAUGUACUAAGAGUGAAUUUCAAUCAACCAGCCGCUUCAUAUGUGGUGCUUUCAAAAAUCCCAUCGGUAAGUCCUAUCACUUGGAGAUUGUAUUGGUUAUAUCGAAGUGUCUAUAUUUCGAACGUUUAUCAGUUGUUGGAGCUCAUUUCUAUGUCCAAAUAAAAGUCCACUUGGUGUUUAAAACAUUUAGUUAAUUUCUACGAAUUUUAAAAUGUACAAAAGUUUGCCUUGAACAGUAAAUUCAUGUUGAUCUUAUUUUAUGAAACAAUACAUGGAACAUGUAUGAACUUAAAGUGUAAUUAUAAUUUACAGGUUUGGCAAUGUUUUCACCUCUGAUAUGAGCAUCCAAACUUAUAUAAUUCGGUCGAAUUCCUUUUCGAUUUCUUAAAAUGGAAUUCUCCCUCGCAGCUAUACUAUAUUGUUCUGUCUCAUGUCGUCAUCAACUUUGUUGGUUUACAUCACUACUUUGUGUGUAUUACGUCAUUGUAGCGUGCGUGUUUUACGCAUUGUCUGUUACGGUCAGUUUUCUUGACAAAUCAUUUACAGUUUAUUUGACUGUGUAUAUAUAUACAUCGAAAUAAACAAAUAUG